AUGGCUACAUUUAUCCCUAACAAGCCUGGAAAUGACCCUAUAUUUUAUAUGCACCAUUGUUUUGUUGAUUUGGUUUUUGAACUAUGGAGAGAAAAAGCCCAAAAUAGAACACAACGAGCUAAUGACUAUCCAGCUGAUAUUGCUGCUUGCGAAUCGGAGAAACAUUUUAAAUUUGCAAAUAUGACACAAUUUGCUCCUCUACAAAAUUGGGACGGACUUAGAAACGAAUAUACCGAUAAUAUGUUUGAAUAUCAACAAAGACCUACUUGUAGCUUUACUACUGAAUGCGGAUCAAAGUAG